GAAAUACAUUAGAGAAUGAAACGCCCGAGCCAAGUGGGUCCAGGGUGGGCAAGAUUGUUAGGAAGCUGUUGCAGGAUCAGCCAUGAUACAGUGCCCCAGGAGCAGAUAGGAAUAAGGGCCUUACUCAAGGGCCCAACAAUGGCAGCUUAGCGGUGCUGGGCUUGAACUCCCAACUUUCUAAUCAGUAACCCAGGCCCUUAACCAUUGAGCCACUGCUGCCGUAUAUAUAUGUACAUAGUGAUAUAUACGAUUUCAUUGGAAACAAAGUAUUUGUAAUACUAUUGUUUUAGUGCAUUAUUAAUUUAAGGAUUUCCCAUUUCAUGUGAUGGGUUUCUUUUUCUACAAUGAAAUAAGUAUGGGCGAAAUGCUAAAAUAUAUUUUUCUGUACCAUAACUUUUUACCAGCAUAUAUUAAAACCUGCUGUAUUCUGAAAUGAAAAGUAAUUAAUUAAAAAUAAUGGCUAAUAAUAGUGCCACAAUUUUAUAACCUUUACAGACUUUAAACGCGUAUGGUUAACUUUAUAAUCCAAUCAGUGUUUGUUGUUUUUGCUCCCAGCCAAUGAGUGCUGCACUGAAGAACAGAUUAAAAAGAGCAAGACGUUCUUUUACUUCCCCACUCGGUGUGGUUAAAAGACUUAAAAUCGAUGAGGAUGAGUUACCACAAGCCUCAAACCAAGAGGUGACCCCGGGUGACGAGGAUGGAAUUGAUGUCAACAGAAAUGAGACUAGAAGAGAAGGCUCUCUGAAGAGCUCAGGGUCAGAUUGCCCUCAGCACUCACAAAAUGAGCUACUUCAGCUUCGAGAGAAAUUAAAGAAAGAAGUCAAGGAGAAAUCUGACACUUUACGAAGGCUUAAGAUGGUCAAAAUGUACAGAAAGAAGAAUGACCUGACACAGCUGCAUGGACUGAUAGAUAAAUGGAGACAAUGUGCUCAAGCAGUGUUGUAUGAACUGCAGACAGAGUUGCCUACAGAUGGCCAGAAGGCCAGUCUCUCACAGCUCAUUGACCACUUUGGACUGGAGGAUAGUAUGCUUCAUUUCAACAGGACAGCGGAGGAAUUCACAGACAACUGAUGUACAAAUACAGUGUUUUUAUGUUAUUCAUCAUCAGCCUUCAGGUGUUUCAAACUGUCUCUUUAAAGUUUUUUAAAUCCACCAAGUGGCAGUACUGAACCUUUAUGUAACACUACAGGAAGUAAAUGAAAAUGGUCCCUGAUUGUGCUUUUGUUCAAAUGAAAUACCUCUGUAUAUCUAAAAUUACAAAUGGAACUUACAGAUGGUGUUGGAUUUAUUCGACUGUUUUGCACUUUGUGGCACAUUUCUCUCUUUGUUUGCACAUAACAUGGAUGCAUUUUUUGUGCCUGUUCUAUGUUUAGUUAAAAUGUGAUUGUAAAUAAAGGUAAAUAAUAUUCUUAUUUAAGGUACUGUCUUAGUGAUGUACUGUUUUUUAGUUUUGAUAGUCUUCACUAGUGUUGUCUGGUUCUUAACCUCCUCUACAUAUUAUUGAUCGUAACCUUUUCAUUGCAAUGCA